CUUUCAGCUCCCGGUGUCCUUGAAGGAGGGCCCUGGACAUUUCACCUUAGAGGAGUGGGGGUCUGCUGGAUCCAGGCCAAAGGAAAGUCAUGGAGGAAAACGAUGGGAAUCUUUCGGCUUCCCUGGGGAAUGUGUGUGAAACAGAAAAUGAAAAGGGAGACCAUCAAAUGUUGGCCGAAAGCAAUAAGGUAUCAGAUGUGGAAGAGAAUUUUGGGAAUCAGCAUGGAAUGAAGCAGAAGGGCAAGCUUAGAAAGAAGCAGAGGAAUAAAUCCAUUGCUUAUGUGGACAGUGACUUCCAUGAAAUAGCAGUUCAUGGAAAAACACAGAAUGCAUCAGGAAGGACCGAGUGCCAUGAGAGUGGGGAAAAGCUUGCUCAUAAGUCAGAACUUGUUAACUAUUGGGAAACGUGCACAGGAAAGAAACCCUUUAAAUGUUUGGAGUGUGGAAAGAGCUUCAGUCGGAGAUAUUGCCUUACUUUACACCAAAGAAUUCACACAGGGGAGAAACCAUAUAAAUGUCUGGAGUGUGGAAAGAGCUUCAGUCGGAGAUAUUGCUUUACUUUACACCAAAGAAUUCACACAGGGGAGAAACCAUAUAAAUGCCUGGAGUGUGGAAAGAGCUUCAGUCAGAGAGGAGAUCUUACCUGCCAUCAAAGAAUUCACACAGGGGAGAAACCCUUUAAAUGCCUGGAGUGUGGAAAGAGCUUCACUGGGAGUAGAGGACUUACCUCCCAUCAUAAAAUUCACACGGGGGAGAAACCAUAUAAAUGUCUGGAGUGUGGAAAGAGCUUCAGUCAGAGUGGAAAUCUUACUUCCCAUCAAAUAAUUCACACAGGGGAGAAACCAUUUAAAUGUCUGAAGUGUGGGAAGAGCUUUGGUCUGCGUCAAGGCCUUACUUCCCAUCAAGCAAUGCACAGAGAGGAGAAAGUUUUUAAAUGUCUGGAAUGUGGGAAGAGCUUCAGUAGAAGUGCGAGCCUUAAGACGCAUCACAAAAUCCACACAAUUGAGAAACCAUUUAACUGCUCUGAGUGUGGGAUGAAGUUUCGGAGACGUGGCUACCUGAUCUCCCAUCAAAAAACUCACACAGAGUUGAAACCACAUAAAUGUCUGGAGUGUGGAAUGAGCUUCAUUCGACCUGGUCAACUUACCUCCCAUGAAAGAAUUCACACAGGGGAGAAACCCUUUAAAUGUCUGGAGUGUGGAAAGAGCUUUAGUCACAGUGGACAACUUAUUGCACACCAAAGAAUCCACACGGGGGAGAAACCGUUUAAAUGCCUGGAGUGUGGAAAGAGCUUUCGGCGGCCUGGUCAUCUUACCAGCCAUCAAAGAAUUCAUACAGGGGAGAAACCGUUUAAAUGCCUGGAGUGUGGAAAGAGCUUUCAGCGGCCUGGUCAUCUUACGUGCCAUCAAAGAAUUCACACAGGGGAGAAACCAUUUAAAUGCCUGGAGUGUGGGAAGAACUUCGGUAGCCGUGGAAACCUUACUAUGCAUCACAGAAUCCACACAAUGGAGAAGCCAUUUAACUGCCCUCAGUGUGGGAAGAGCUUCCGUCACAGUGGAAGUCUUACCUCCCAUCAAAGAAUUCACACAGAGGAGAAACCAUUUAAAUGUCUGGAGUGUGGAAAGUGCUUCGGUCAGAGUAGAAAUCUUAACAUCCACCAAAGAAUUCACACAGGGGUGAAACCAUAUAAAUGCCUAGAGUGUGGAAAGAGCUUCAGUCACAGUGGAAGUCUUACCUCCCAUCAAAGAAUUCACGCAGGCGAGAAAACAUUUAAAUGUCUGGAGUGUGGAAAGAGCUUUGGUCAGAGUUAUCAUCUUACCUCCCAUCAAAGAAUUCACACAGGGGAGAAACCAUUUAAAUGUCUGGAGUGUGGAAAGAGCUUUGGUCAGAGUAGAAAUCUUAACAUCCAUCAAAGAAUUCACACAGGGGUGAAACCAUAUAAAUGCCUAGAGUGUGGAAAGAACUUUAGUCAAAAUGGACACCUUAUUGUACACCGCAGAAUGCACACGGGGGAGAAACCCUUUAAAUGCCUGGAGUGUGGAAAGAGCUUCAGUUACAGUGGAAGUCUUACCAUCCAUCGAAGAAUUCACACAGGGGAGAAACCCUUUAAAUGCCUGAAGUGUGGAAAGACGUUUAGUUACAAUGGACACCUUAUUGCACACUGCAGAAUGCACACGGGGGAGAAACCCUUUAAAUGCCUGGAGUGUGGAAAGAGCUUCAGAUACAGUGGAAGUCUUGCCUCCCAUCAAAUAAUUCACACAGGGGAGAAACCAUUUAAAUGUGUGGAGUGUGGAAAGAGCUUCAAUCGGAGAGAUUAUCUUACUUACCAUCAAAACAUUCACACAGGGGUGAAACCAUAUAAAUGCCUGGAGUGUGGAAAGAGCUUUACUCAGAGUGGAAAUUUUAUCUCACACUGUAGAAUACACACAGGGGAGAAACCCUUUAAAUGCUUGGUGUGUGGAAAGAGCUUUCGUCAGAGUGGAGAUCUUACAGUACAUUGCAGAAUUCACACAGGGGAGAAACCCUUUAAGUGUCUGGAGUGUGGAAAGAGCUUCGGUCUGCGUCAAAACUUCACUCGCCAUCAAGCAAUUCACAGAAGAAAAAGCUUUUAAAUGUCCAGAAUGUGGGUAGAGCUUCAGUAGAAGUGGAGGCCUUAUUAUGCAUCGCAGAAUCCCCAAGAGGGAGAAACAAUUUAACUGCCCUGAGUGUGGGAUGAAGUUUCGGACAAGUGGCUUCCUGACCUCCAUCAAAAAAUUCACAUAGGGGUGAAACCCUUUAACUGCCUGGAGUGUGGGAGGAGCUUCAGUCAGAAGCAUUACCUUACUUCCCAUCAAAUAAUUCAUACUGAAGAGAAACCAUUUUAAUUCCUAGAGUGUGGGAAGAGCUUCCAUAGGGUCCAGGAACUUACUGUACACCAAAAAAGUCACAUAGGGGAGAAACCUUUUAAAUGGUAACCUCAAGACUAGAUCGCUGUGAUGUGCUUUGUGUGGGGCUGCCCUUACGGCUGCUCCAGAAACUGGAGCUA